AUGUCCGACUCCAAGAAAGGCGCCUAUGGUGGCGCGCCAUCAGGCGAUACCGAUUUUCGAAAGACCUACGAUCUCGACGAAUACGCUGCCAAAGCCAAUGAACGCGAGGCAAAAGAAAAAGAAGAGUCCAAGGCGCGUUAUGAAGCCAAGCUGGCAGGCAAGAAAUACCACAAGCCUCUAACGGGCGACGAAACAUACACAUCAGCACGCCGGAAUGUCAUAGAUCUCACACAACAAAUCGGAAAAACGCAGCUUGUCCCCGGAGGUGCAGGUGUCGGAAAGCGUGGCCGUGGAGCUGGUUUCUACUGUGAGCCUUGCGAUCUCACGUUCAAAGACAACAAGCAAUACAUUGAGCAUCUCAACACACCACAGCACUUGAUAAAUACGGGACAAACGACUGAAGUCAAGCGCGCGACGGCAGAGGAAGUCCACGAACGUAUUGAGUAUUACAUCCGACGGCGAGACGAGCUGGAGAAGGAGAAGCAGACUAGCCUACACGAACGACUACAGUUGCGGGAAGAAGAGGCCGAGAAAGAAGCCGAAGAGCGGAGGAAGAAGAGAAGGGAGGAUAAUGAAAGGAAGAGGAUCAAGAAGGAGGAGGAGGCAAGGGUGAAGAUGGAAUAUGGAGAGGACGUUCGUGUUGAUGGUGAACAUGACGAAGACGAUAUGAUGGCAGCAAUGGGCUUUACUGGAUUUGGGACGUCGAAGAAGUGA